GUGAUUGGACCAUCCAUUGAUUGGUCAACGCCAUUAUUCUUAAUACUCGUAGCACUCAGGUGUGGUGACUUGUUCCUUUGAUUGUCCGGCGUAGACAACUCGUUCCCUCCUAUUGUUUACUGACACCUUGUUGUCAACUUGCAUACACCGGGAUACUGAACAAUUGAAGUAUGUCCCAAUUAUCAACUGUAUAUAUUUUAAUAGUACCGUAGUAUUUGUGAUCCGACUUGUUUUGAUUUCGGGAUCUUUGGCUACGCGUUAUUCAACGUUCACGGUGGACGUUACAGUAUUCAAUUGGUUCUCGCUUCGACGGAUUGCUUAAUUGGAUCCCUCGGUUUGGUGGUACUCGUAUCCGGAAGUGCCAAAUUGGUUCCUCUUCGCAAUGCCAGUCACCCGCGCAUCCACCCGGACAAAGGACUCAUCCAAGUCAAGGCAAGUCCCUCUUGAUGCUGUCUCUCACUCUGGCUCUCGGGUUAGCUCUAGAAAUUCAGUUAGCAGUACGCGCUCACAGCUCCUGCUUGCUGAGUUGAAAGAAAAGCAGCUCAAGGAGGAGCUAGAACUAGAAACUAGGGAGCAGGAACUUAGCAAACAGCGUAGACUGUUGAAGGCUAGACAGGAGGUCGAAUUCGCCCAGCGUAGCGCCUUGCUGGAAGACGAACAAGGCGAUGUAGACCUGCCCGCACUCCCUAUUUAUUCGUCAAACAGAGUUGACGAGUUUGUCACGGAAUGUGCUGCGGUGGCUGCGAAUCAACCAUCCGCCGGUUGUUAUGACGAUUUGCCGAUUGACCCCCCCACUGCCACGUUGGGAAACGCUAUAGCGUCCGCUCUCGUCCCACUUAUUGCGGAAGCUGGUCUCCCCAAAGUAGAGCUGGCUUAUUUCGAUGGGCACCCAGCUGACUACUGGAGGUUCGUCAAGCAGUUUGAGUUCUAUGUGGAGAGCAAGGUGGUAGAUGACGGAAGACGUCUGCUCUACCUCAUUCAUUACUGUAAGGGACGAGCUAGACUGGCUAUUGGCAACUGCGUAAUGCUGCCGCCCGGUCAGGGUUAUGAAAGAGCUCGACGUAUCCUUCGAGACCUCUUCGGGCAAGCACACUACAUUGCUAGGGCAUCGAUAGAAGGCCUACUUCAAGGCGCGAAGUCCAUUCCCAACAACGCAGAUGCCCUGUCGGAAUUGGCCAUUAAGAUGGAGAACUGCCACAUCACAUUGAAACAAAUGAACUAUGAGGCAGAUGUAGACUCCUCCACCACCCUAGAAGAGAUAGUCCGUGCCCUACCGAAGCCCCUGCAGUACAAAUGGGCCGAAAUCGUCGAUCAGCUAACGCUUAGUGGUCAUGAGCCCAGUUUUCUGAAUUUAACCACAUUUGUUUCAUCGCGGGCACGCAUAGCUCGCAGCCGGUUCGGACAGUUAGCCGAUCGAUCACCCCGUGGUGUCGAAACGACUGUUACGAGAGCUCCUCCAAGGAAAGAGUAUCCGGCGAUAAGUAGCCAUUACGCUGGUCAGAGAACUACGUCGCCUGCCCGCCCCACCCACUCCUGCCCCGUUUGUUCGGACAACCACUUGGCCGUGGAGUGUGGAAUAUUUAGAGAACUGGACAUAUCGCAACGAUGGGAAAUGUUAAAAACCAAGAACCUCUGUUUCGGUUGCUUAAGACCGGGCCAUAUCGCCAAAAACUGUGGCAUUCGCCGAGCCUGCAAUGCCGCUGGUUGCCAAUCUCGUCAUCACAGCCUGCUCCAUGGUGGCGAAGUCCCCAAGUUAACUCACGCAGUAUCCACAGAUCAGGCUCGCUGCGGAGUCACAGACGCGGGCUCGCGUUGUGUCGCUCUUGGGGUGAUUCCGGUGACUGUGUUCGGUCCGUUCGGGUCGAUAGAAACCUAUGCACUUCUCGACAACGGUUCAGAUACAACACUGAUCACCCAGGAUCUCGUCGGCCGCCUCCGUUUGGAGCCACAGCCGUCGUCUUUGACGAUUACGACGAUCAACGGAGACCGCAGUAUGGAUAGCUCCGUGGUCAAAUUCUACUUGCGUUCACUAAACGGGCUAGAAGAGAUUGAGGUAGAGC